AUGGGGACCCUCAUGAAGCUGAGGCUGCCCGGCUGCGAACAUAUGGACGAGAAGACUGCGUCAAAAGUGCGGAAGCUACGGGGCACCGAGGCUGGCCGGGACUUUGUCCAGUAUAUCUGCGUGGAUUGUCCUUUUGAGGGAGGGUUCUCGAAACUGGAUGCCCACUACAGCAAGACCCAGCACAGCUUUGCGACUUCUUCCCGGUCAACUUACUGUGCAGCGUGCCAGGACCUGGUCUACGAUCCAGACUUCGUCCGCAAAGGUACGAAGAAAGGGAACCUGGUUCAGGCGAAUGAAGAAGAGGAUGCUGCCGUUGCGGCGAACACAUCUCAGCGGCCGUGUGGGCGCGAGGGCGUGAGAGGGUUGUUCAACCUCGGAGAGACAUGCUACAUGAAUGCUGUCAUACAAAUGAUGGUCCACAACCCGCUGCUAGCAAGCUUCUUCCUGGGCAUGGGACAUCCAGUCCAUCUUUGUCCGAUCUCCAAUGCGGCAGACAAGAAGGCUGAUUCAGACUCUGAGGACGAGGACGACGAGGAGAAGGAUCCCAAGGCCUGCGUUGCUUGUGGAAUGACUGAAGUGUUCUCCGAUGCUGUGCAGGCCGACCUUUCACAGCCAGCGCAUGCGGUUAACCUCCUAUUCGCCUCUUGGAAGAACAUACCGCAUAUGCAAGGAAAGCAUCAACAAGAUGCUCAAGAAUGGUUCAUGCUCAUCGUUGAUAAGCUUCACGAGUCGCUAUCAGCCAACCCAGACUCGAGACUGCAGUGCGAGUGCUUUUUUCAUAAGGUCUUCUUCGGACGACUUCACCAAGAGGUGACUUGCGACAAGUGCAAAACAGUGUCGGUUACAGAGGAGGAAUACUCCAGCAUCGGUCUAGACUUCAAGAAGCAGUUCAAGAGAAAAAAGAAAGCCCAGCCCGAGGUCAAGACAGUUGUUCCCACUGUACACGAAUGCCUUCGAAGCUACACCGCCCCAGAAGUGCUCUCCGCCGAGCAGUACAAAUGUAGAAAAUGCGAUGCGCCGCGGACGGCAUCAAAGCAGGUCCGUAUCGGUCAGCUCCCAACAAUUCUCUGCGUCCAUGUCAAGCGAUUCGGCAUGAAAACUGCUGGAUCUUGCCUUGUUCAGGAGAAGUACGACGGCAAGAUCGACUUCCCCCUGAUACUGAACAUGAUGCCAUACGUUACACACAUUACCACUGGCAUGAAGAGAGAUGCAUUGGUGUACGAUCUGGACUGUGUCGUUGUUCAUCAGGGUGACAACGUGCACAAUGGCCAUUACUUCGCCUUCUGCCGUAUCGAUAGAAAGUGGUUCCGCUUCGAUGAUGAGAUUGUGUCGGCAACGACGAUAGAGGAAGUCCUGCGACAAGAGGCGUACUUACUGUUCUACUCUUUGCGUAAUCUGGACUAG